GGCGGCGCUUCCAAGAGUAGUCACGAAGGCAAGCAGCUCGUCUUUCACUGGUCGGGAAGGCGGCCAGCGGUCAAAAAGGCCUAGCUGGACCACCAUUCCCCACUGACACUCACUGACGCACACACACACACACACACACAUCACUCGCACACCUGUUCUCUCAGCCAGACAGCCAGCCAGACAGCCAGCAAGAAGACACAAAACAGCGACUCGAUUCCCGUUGGCCACCCAACUUGUGCUCUCUCUCCCCUUCACUGUUGUCCUCUCCUUCGGCCUCUCUUGUGCCGGCCCCAAUAAGGCACAGAGACCAGGUAUGUAUGUCUGUCUUCGCCCCCAGGAAUGUCAAAACGGCAAGUAGCGCUAGAUAACACAUACAUACACACAUCACGACACACACGCAGGCACCCAGCACACCGGACACAGGCAUACAGACACAACACGAGACGAGACGAGCCGACACGGCACACAUCAUGACACCGACAAGCAGACAGACAGCCCUACACACCACACAUACAUACAUAGAGACGCAUUCGCACGCACUCUCACCCACACUUUCACGCAAAUACGCAGAUGUGUACCCCAACCGCCAUUCCUUCCUUCGUUUAGUCGACGAGGACGCUCAUGGUCAGCUCGUGCCGCCCCCCAUCCCCAUCCCCACCGCCCCCCUCGUCCUCCCACCCCCUGGGCGAGUCGCUGUCCUCCUCACUCAUACGCGGCGACACACUGCGGGACGGCAGCGGACUCGCUGAGAAGUAGUCGGGGUACACGUGAUGAGAUGUGCCUGCACCGGACCGCACCAACACACCAUGAGGGAGGGGGGGUGGGUGGGUGUGGGUGUACCGAGGUCGAUGGACGACACGCUCGAUGUCACAUUGGCGAUGUCCAUCUCGAGCUCCUCCUUGCCGUUGUCCGCCUCCCCGCUGCUGGUGCUGGCCGCCGUCUUGCCGCUCUCACUCUGGCCGCGACACAGACCGGCCGCCGGGGAGUCGCCCCCGCCCUCGCCCUCGCUGAUCGUGGGUGCGGGGGAGGGCUGCCUGUUGGUGUUGGUGCAGAUGGGGCUGUGCUGCAGGGCGAUGGCGCGGUCACGGGAUGAUAUCAGUGCCUGUGGUGAGAUGGGAGAAGACACAGUGCUUGUCGUUGUGUUUGGGGGAGGGUGGAGGGUUGGUGUGUGUGCGUAUGUACGUGGAGGAAGUUGAGCUUGGGUGUGGGGACUUGGAGGCACUGUGCAAUCUGCACGACGGCCGUCACGAUGGGGUCAACUUCGAGACGCUUGCCCGUGUCCAAAUCCUGCCACGCAAUGCAAUGUAACCCAUCCCAUCCCAUCCACACAGACUGGAUGUGCGUGUUGAUGCUGACCGGUGUCUGUGGCGAGGCAUACCUGUCUCAUGGACGGCUUGUGGUUCGGGUAGCAGUUGGCCAGCAGCUUCAUCGUGUCGCCCACAGGGUCCCUGCCCAAAUCAGUGCCUAAACCGCCCACACAAAGACACACACACCACAAACAUGCAGCCGCCCCUCUCUCUCUCUCCGCGAACGGACCGUUUUUGUUGCACACACAGGCGACCUCGUGCAUGAUAUCCUGGAUGAUGGUGCGCGUCUCGUUCUCGGCACAGAGGUCGGGAAUGGUGCGCUGGGUGAGCGAGGUGAUGGGGUUCAUCGUCACGUUGGCCAGCACCUUCUUCCACACCGACACGCGGAGACGAGUCGUCAGCUCCACCGGCAGGCCCACCUUCAUUGACACAGAAGAAACAGAAAUGUCAAUGCAAUGCAUGGGAUGUGUGUCAAGGUGGGCCUGCUCAUCAAAACUUACAGACUGCAUCAGGCUUCCCACGCUCAUCAGCCGCUCGGACACUGACCACCACACACAAUACACAUCACACACAUGGAUGCAGGAAGCCAGCCUCCCUCCCUCCCUCCCUCCGUCUCGUCGCUCACUGGUGUUGUCAGGCUCCCCCAGCACGAUCUUGUAAGUCGUCCCGUGCACACGCACCCUCUCAGGGUCGGGGCAGCCAGCGGUGGUCUGCUGGUGGUCCAUGUGGGUGUGGGUGUCUGUGUUGGUGUGUUGCGGCUCGUCGAUGGCGACGGCCAUCUGCAGGACGGCGCCGAGCACGUGCGGCAGCAGCACCGCGCUGAUCCUGCCGUCGGGGUCACACGCAGGCACCUCAUCGAUGCGGCCGUCCAGGAAGUCACCGCCUGCAAACACACAUACACACACACACACACACACACAGAGGGAGAGGCAGAGAAUGAGUUGAUGGUUGUUUGUCCGGUGACAAUGCGCCCACAAAGUAUAUAUGACCUUUGCACGGGCCGACAGCGAGUGGCAUACGCAGACGGCCGUACAUGCAGAGUCAUACGUACGUACGCACGAGCACAGACACGUGGCAACGAUCCGAUCGACAUUAACGCCCCUCCCCCUUUCCCCACCUCACAGAACGUGGCCGCACAGACGAGCCACGCACGUACACGCCCUCUCCCUCUCCCAGCCGUCGAUGCACCCACCCACCUCUGUGCAUGAGCCAGAAUGGGAUGCCGUUCUGAGCCGCCACGACGACCGUGUCGGGGCCGAUGACCUCCUCCAGGUGGUGCAGACACUCGCGCACGUACUGGGCCUUGACGCAUAUCAGCAACAGAUCCUGCGGACCGUCCGCACCUGAACGAACACACCAAACACGGAGGGAGAGAGAGGGUCGUGUCUGAGGGUGGGAUGGGUGGUGAAUGCGCGUACCGAUGUUGGGGUCGUCGAGUGGCAUGAUGGUGAGGGGGUGUGUCUUGCUGUUGUCCUCGCACGCCCCGCCCAGCUGCCACACUCGACCGUCACACGCCACCUCGCCACCAUACUCUGACAGCCACACAUAUACCACAUGACACAACAUGGAGGAGGUCCAAUGCCCUCCCCUCCCCUUCCCCCUGCAUACCCACCCCCCCCCUCACCCUUGAGUUGCUGCACCUUCUCCCGCCGCGAGAGGAUGGUCAUCUUCACAUUGGGAUGAUCGUUCAGGUAGGCCGCAAACACCAGCCCGACACUCCCGCCCCCCACCACCCCCACACGGAUGCAGUCCUUGGCGAGCGGCCCGCGGACACUCGAGCCCGGCACGAACGAUGUGUGCAUGGAUGGCGAGGGGGAGGCUGUUGUGCUGGAGGGGAGGGAGGGGGACGAGUGGGCAGAGGGGAGGGGGAUCUUGACAGCGAUGGCGGGGUGCUGGGGGCGGUGGGCACUCGCCAUCUCGCUUGCUCGUGUGGAUGGAUGAAUGAAUUAGCAACAGACAGACAGAGGUAUGCAGAUACUGUACACAGCAGCAGGAGGGUAGAGAAAAUGCCACCCGCCCUCUCGACCUGGCCUUCUGUAUGAGAAGACGAUUCGAGAUAUGUAUGUGGGAUCACUCACUCACCGCAGCCGGAGAGUCAGACAGGCAGGCAGUCAGGCAGGCAGACAGACAGACACAGUCAGUCGCAUGCACCAAGGUACGUAUGUACGGGUGGUAUGGAAGCAGACAAGACAGACAGCGUAUAGACAGACAGCGUAUAGACAGGCAGACAGCAAGUGCAGGUGGGUGUGAGGAUGUGUGAGUGAGUGAGUCAGUAUGUGUGUGUGUGUGUGUGUGGAUGUUCAACAGUCGCAGAUGAUGAUGUAGGUGCCGCGACGGAUCAGCUCCCCCAGGACGACAGUCAGAUACAUUCCGACACUCAGAUCUGAGGGACCACAACAGACGCACACAAAACGAAUGAACCGGUCGCACACAUGUCAGGGCUCAGAUCUGCUCAAAGUUGCGUCCAGCAUGGCGGCUCACCUCCGUGUGGUGUCUGUCCUCUUGACAACGACGCUACAGAAAUACAACAAUAGGAUUAUGAUCAUCAUCAGCGCAUGAGGUGCCUUCGUUCGUUCUGCGUCGUACCUGCGAGGCUGCCACGGCCCACGAGAGGCUCAAAGUCCUCGGAUCUUUCUCUGCCAAGCCUCCCUGAGUGUCCCUGAGUGUGUGUGAGUCUUGCUAUCCUCCACAGCCCGGCUCCACUCCCAG